AUGGCCUACAAGACUCCAUUAGGGAUGAGCCCCUUCCGGAUUGUCUAUGGUAAGGCAUGCCACCUUCCGGUGGAGAUUGAGCAUAGAGCCUAUUGGGUGGUAAAGCAGUGUAACAUGGAUUUCACCAAGGCAGGUGUGGCCAGGAAAUUACAGCUAGAGGAGCUCGAGUGUUUGAGGAACGAAGCAAAAGAGAAUGCCCGGAUCUACAAGGAAAAGGCUAAAGCAUUUCAUGACCAUCAAAUUCGGAAGAAGGAUUUUCAAGAAGGUGAUGAGGUUCUCCUCUACAACUCGAGGCUUAGAUUUAUGCCUGGCAAGCUCCGUUCUACAUGGGAAGGACCCUUCAAGGUGAAGGAGAUAAAGCCCUAUGGGGUGGUGGAAUUGUUUAACUCUAGAAGUGAAGCGACUUUCAAGGUGAAUGGGCAUAGAGUGAAGAAGUACCAUGGCUACAAGUCUCCAAAGGAGCUAGAGGUGUUCCUCCUAACGGAUGCACCUAGAGGAGGAGAAGCUUGA